AUGGAGAUAGAUGAGGAUAUUGUGAUAGUUGGUGCUGGGAUUUCCGGCCUCGCUGCAUCUUUAGGCCUGCUCAGGUAUGGACUGCACAGCUUAGUUUUGGAAUCAUCAGAGAGUUUGAGAUCGACAGGAUUUGCUCUUAUGCUGUGGACCAACGCGUGGAGGUCACUGGACGCUCUGGGUGUUGGAGAUCACCUUAGACAGUGUUCUCUGCCAUUCCGUGGGUUUCAAACAGCUGAUGUAAAUACAGGCCUGCCAACCGAAGAGCUUAUACUUCAAGAAAGUACAUAUGGAAAUUAUGAAGCCCGAUGUGUCAGAAGAAAAGACUUACUAGAAACCUUAGCAAAAGAGCUGCCGGAAGGAACUAUCAGGUAUUCUUCCAAGGUUGUUUCAAUUGAGAAAUCAGGACAUUUAAAGUUGGUGCACCUGGCUGAUGGCUGUGUGAUCCGGGCUAAGGUCUUGAUUGGCUGCGAUGGAGUCAAUUCAGUUGUGGCAAAGUGCUUAGGUUUUAAGAAACCGAUCGGAGUUGGGCGAUCAGCAAUUAGGGGAUAUGUAGAGUUUCCGGCUGCCCAUGGUUUUAAGCCACAGCUCUAUAUGUAUUUUGGAGGUGGUGUUCGCUUUGGAUUUGCUCCCUGUGAUGACAAAAGCAUAUAUUGGUUUUGCACUUUUAAACCAUCCACUGCAACUGGGUAUGAAAAUAUGUCAGACAAUCCUGUUCUAUUAAAGGAAUUUGUAUUAAGCAAGACAGCCAACGUUCCAAAGGAAGUGUCUGGCAUUGUCGAAAGAACUAAGCUCGAAUCAAUCUCCUGUGCUGAGCUAAAAAUGAGACUACCAUGGGAUAUUUUGAUAAGGGACUUUGCAAAAAGCAGCAUUUGUUUGGUUGGUGAUGCGCUUCAUCCGAUGACCCCAGAUCUUGGACAGGGUGGUUCUUCAGCAUUGGAAGACUGUAGUAUCCUUGCCAGGUGCAUCGGAGAAUCUUUUCCAGGGAUGAUGAGUAGAAAAUUUGAAGAGAAAAGAGAUGACGUCGACGUUAAAAUUGCAGCAUUCAACAAGGGCCUAGAGAACUAUGCGAAAGAGAGGAGAUGGAGAAGCUUUAGUCUUAUAUCGACUGCCUAUAUGGUUGGCUUGAUUCAAGAGAGUGAGAACAAGUUGAUUCGCUUCUUCAGAGAUAGGUUCUUCUCAAAAUAUACUGGUGCCACUGUGUUGAGGAUGGCUGAUUUUGAUUGUGGAAAACUUAAUAUCCCUUGAGAUGGAGCUGAAGUGCAUUCAUCUGCCUCGAAUGUCUUUAAAAAAUAGACAUAAUCUUGUAUUAAUUUAUUUCUAGUUAAGUUGGUAGAGGCCUUCUAGCUGUUAGGAUCAGGGGCUUCUCCAGUUAAAAUUUUGUCCAAUUCUGUCCAGUUGUGAAAUUGUAUGAUAUUUAGUGUAAAAUGUUACAAUUUUGGUGUAAAUGUGAAUCAUGUCA